UUAGAUGACUUAUUUUGCUAAAGUAUUUCAGAUCCUCUCUCCGGCAGCAGAAUAUGAAAAUAGGACGCUAAAGACCUAACAAAAUGGAAAAAAAAUUUCAUUAUUGCAAAAACUGAAUGAGCUACUCCGAAAACCGCGAUUUAUAAGACUGUUUUGCUAUAACUUUAGAUCCUAAUAUGAAAAGACAUUUAUCUUACACAAGAAAGAAAAAAAAAAUAUCCAAUCUCAUGAAGAAGAAGCCGCUAAAGCGAAUGGCGUACUCAGUUUUUUAAUACAACUAACCAAAAAGUUACCCACACGGCCGAAAGUGACAAUUUGGUACUAUUUUUCACGAAUUUUCGAAUUUAUUCGUUAGGAUUUUCCAGAUAGUAGUAAUUUUUCCAAAACUAAAAUAUAUAAAAUUGUAGCUAAUUUAAUGUAGUUUUUAAAAAAGUGAACAGAUUUUCGAUCGAAUUAUAUUUGAACUGGUAAAUUAGGCUUAAGUGAAGCCAUCUUGAAAACCACUUUCAAACUUGACAAACAUCGUCAAAAAUUUAAAAGCCAAAGCAGGAGUGGAUAAAACUGUCGUACUGUAGAAUACUGUAAUCUAUAUUUACGACUGAUAAUAACAUUAUUAUCUUACAUAAUCAAAAAAAUAGACAAUAUUGAUGCAAGCGAUAAUGGAGAAAACGACAAAGACUAGUAGUUACUUCCUAAUUGAGAAAACACUGCGCAAUUUCUCGAAAUCAACGUUGCCUACUCGGGAGCACGUUCUGCGUCGGCUAAUUAACCUUCGUUUAGAAGACAAUUUAACAGUGAAUGAAAGUAUUUUUCGCGUCGUCGGUGAAUUGGUAAACAUUUGGUCGUGUUUAGGCGUCGUCACUAAGUUAAAGACAGCAGUGAAGCAUGACGUUGCCAAGUUCUACACUGAAUACCUUAACAUUAAAAAAAACAAAUUUGACAACAAUGGUAAACGAAGAGAACUUAGAGAAUCAAAAUUUAAAUCAACAUUUCCCCUACUCUUAGACAUUGUUGUACNGGCUUCUUCUUCAUAA